CGGAUCCGGGGGCAGGAACCGUCUGGAAAGUUGUUCUAUGUUCGAGGGAUUUGGGGUCCCCGAGACUCAGUCUCCCCCGACCCCAUGGGCCGCAUCGACUUCCAGACCGGCCUGCUGGUCGUCAGCUACUUCGGGUACUUACUGCUGGGCUCGGUCAUUUUCCAAGCCCUGGAGAGAAACUCGGAGAAAGAGCUGAAAGCGUCCGUGUAUGAGAUGAAAGCCGCCUUCGUGAAGAACUUGGCCUCCCUGACGCCUCAGGAUGUGGAGGAGUUUGUGAAGAACCUGACGCAGGCCGUUCAGAGGGGGGUGUACCCCCUGGGCAAUGCCACCGACAAGGACCAGAGCAACUGGGAUUUCAGCAAUUCCUUCUUCUUUGUAGGCUCCGUCGUGUCCACCAUAGGUAACGGUGCCAAGAUUGCGACGGGCGGCGGGAAAGAGGUUCCCGACUGCCACGGCCCGUGUGACUCGGUGGCCCCUGGGGUGAGGGACACACUGGCCACAGAGCUGGGAGUCCAGAAGGUCACCCCAGGCUGCGGGACUCUGUCUCCCAAGACGGCAGGCGGCCAGAUCUUCUGCGUCUUCUUCGCCCUGUUUGGGAUCCCCCUGAAUAUCAUCGUCCUCCACCGGGUGGGAAAGGCCCUGUCGUCGCUGUGUGAGAGGCUCAGGAAAUGCCUGUACAGGAAAGGGAUGAGAGAGAAAAGGAUUAAGUUUCUGACGCUCCAGUUCUUCCUGGUGACGGGCGUCCUCGUGUUCCUGGGGUUUCCGGCCCUUGUCUUCCACUCGGUCGAGGGCUGGACGUACAAUGAAGGGAUCUACUAUGCCUUCAUCACUCUGAGCACCAUCGGUUUUGGGGAUUACGUCGUAGGCGCGCAGCCCGGCCGGACGUACUGCUCCUACUACAGGGCCUUGGUGGCCAUCUGGAUCCUGUUUGGGCUGGCCUGGAUCGCCCUCCUCUUCAACCUGCUCACCACGUUUCUGGAGGACACAGAGCGGAAGAUCGCGGAGGACCUCAACAGAAUGGCAUCCGAGCGGGAGCAUGGGAGGAGUAUGAUCCGCUGCCAGCUCUCCAGGCCGGAUCUCAAAGAGGAGAAGGAAGAGGAGCUCAUCCUGGGCCCCUGAGGAGAUCUUUGAGCUGGAUUUUGUGCACCACGGGCCAACCGGAGAAGGGCAAGGGAACAACUCUGCCCUCAGAGGGCCGGGCUCUACCAUCUGGGCCCGGGGCUGCUGUCAACACACGUCCAGGGUUGCAAGUUUUCAAAUUUCUAACCACGUGGUCGGUCCCGGCCCUGUCAGUGGGGCACCUUGA